AUGGCUUCCCUAGAAAAGGAUGCUGACGGUUUUUACACGCCUGCCGAAUCCUCUACAGCACCAGUUGUGGCACCAAAGGUGGAGGAGGGGAACGAUGCUGAGCCAGGCAACUGGGGCAAGCGAUCUCGUCAGUUCAACCUUCGAGGUUGCCAUCAACAAGCCGACCCAAAUUCGCCACUCUACAGUGCGAAAUCAUUUGAAGCCCUUGGACUUCAUCAAGAUCUUCUUAAGGGAAUAUACGAUAUGGGAUUCUCCAAGCCGUCGAAGAUCCAAGAACGCGCUAUGCCGCUUCUUCUUUCCAAUCCACCAACGAACAUGAUCGGCCAGUCCCAAUCUGGAACCGGCAAGACCGCUGCAUUCGUCCUCACCAUGCUCAGCCGAAUCGACUAUUCAAUCAAUAAACCCCAGGCCCUGUGCCUCGCGCCAUCUCGUGAGCUUGCCCGUCAGAUCAUGUCCGUGGUGGUAGCCAUGGGCAAGUUCACCCAAGUGCAAACGGAAUAUGCCAUCAAAGACCAUCUUCCUAAAGGCGCGACACGGAUCACUGCACAGGUUAUCGUUGGAACACCCGGGACAAUGACAGAUUUGAUGAGACGGAAGGUCAUUGAUCCCAGCGAAGUGAAGGUUUUUGUGUUGGACGAAGCGGACAAUAUGCUUGACCAGGACGGCCUCGGUGACCAAACUCUUCGUGUCAAGAAUAUGUUGCCGCGGACACAUCCCGUUCAAAUUAUCCUCUUCUCUGCUACUUUCCCCGACCAUGUCCGCGCGUUUGCCUCGAAAUUCGCGCCGAAUGCCAACAAAAUCGAACUACAACAGAAUGAGCUGAGUGUAGAUGGAAUACGGCAGUUUUACAUGGAUUGUAAGAACGAGGAGCACAAGUACGAUAUUCUUGUCAGUUUGUACGGGCUUUUGACCGUAGGGCAGAGCAUCAUCUUCUGCAAGCAUCGACAAACCGCAGAUAGAAUAUCACAGCGGAUGACAGCCGAGGGACACAAGGUCGCCUCCUUGCACGGUGCCAAGGAUGCUGCCGAACGUGAUGCAAUCAUCGAUGGUUUCCGAGAGGGCAAAGAAAAGGUUUUAAUUACCACCAAUGUUAUUGCGCGUGGUAUCGACAUCCUCCAAGUCAACAUGGUUGUUAACUACGACCUACCCCUUAUGAAUGAGCGUGAUAGGGGCGGAGAUGAGAGGCCCGACAUCGAAACAUACCUUCACAGGAUUGGCCGCACGGGUCGCUUCGGACGGAAAGGAAUUUCAAUUAAUUUCGUUCACGAUCGCAAGACAUGGCUACAGAUGGAGCAGAUCGAGAAAGCCCUGGGAAAGAAGAUCAUCAGGAUUGAGACGAACGAUUUCGACGAGAUGGAAGAGAAAAUGAAACAAGCCUUGAAAUAG